ACCUUGUAAACCCACCCAGAACCUCCACCUCCGACACCAUGGUCAACUCCUGUUGUGGCUCUGUCUGCUCUGAGGAGAGCUGUGGCCAAGGCUGCUGUCAGCCCAGCUGCUGCCGCCCCAGCUGCUGUGUGUCCAGCUGCUGCAGACCAUCUUGUUGCAUCUCCAGCUGCUGCCGCCCCUUCUGUGGCAGUUCCAGCUGUUGUGGAUCCAGCUGCUGCCGCCCCAGCUGCUGCAUUUCUAGCUGCUGUCGCCCCUGUUGCCGCCCCAGCUGCUGCAUUUCUAGCUGCUGUAGGCCUUCCUGCUGCCGCCCCAGCUGCUGUGUGUCCAGCUGUUGCCGCCCCUGCUGUGGCAGUUCCAGCUGUUGUGGAUCAAGUUGCUGCCGCCCCAGCUGCUGCAUUUCUAGCUGCUGCAGACCUUCCUGCUGCCGCCCCAGCUGCUGUGUGUCCAGCUGUUGCCGCCCCAGCUGCUGUGUGUCCAGCUGCUGCCGCCCCAGCUGCUGUCAGUCUGUGUGCUGCCAACCCACCUGCUGCCGCCCCAGCUGCUGCAUUUCUAGCUGCUGCAGACCUUCCUGCUGCCGCCCCAGCUGCUGUGUGUCCAGCUGCUGCAGACCUCAGUGCUGCAUCUCCAGCUGCUGCCGCCCCACCUGUUGCCAGACCUCCUGCUGCCGCCCAGCAUGCUCUAGCAGUUCUUGCUGCUGAGCGCUCUCACCCAGUCUCCUGUUCUUCACCACCCAGCAUUCCUGAUGUGGCCCACCUGUGAGCUGAUCCUGAGAGGCCCAGCGUAAAGCCUCUGUUCCAACUGAUAAUGAUUUCGACCUCCAAAUAUGCUGUCACUGUUGCUGCCUGCUGAGUAUCACUUUACAACAUGUAAACAAGCAUGUGUCUUCUCUGGAGUCUGUCAACUCUCACCUUAACCCAGCAGAAAUCUUUGUUGUCUGCUAUAUUUUUAA